AUCGUCGGCGACAGGCAAUUCUCUGUUGGAUUUUGCGAUUACAUUCAUAUCGCGUGAGCGCACAAGUGUGAAUAUCUGAUGCAAAUAACUUUGUAUGACGCGUAAUAUUUUGCUUUCAAUUCAUAAUACAUGAAAUCGUCCGAUAUAUUAGAUUCUGAAAAUAAUUCAGAAUUCGAAUUAUUAUCAGAUUCUGAAAAUAAUUCAGAAUUCGAAGAAGAGCACAAUGAAUUCGUUCACAAGGAGAAUGAGAUAUUCGAAAAAAUUAUAUAUAUACCGACUCUUCCGAGCACUUUUAAUAGUCUGGUUAAGAAGACAGUGAAGCUCGAAACGGAUGAACCUCAAUGUGUUAUCGAAUUGCUAGGCGAUCUUUUAGGAGUUAAAGAUCACGAGAUUAACAAAGUUGCUUUUUGGUUUUUGGAUACAGUAGCUCUUCAAGUUUUACGUUACAAAAAUUGUCUAGAUGAUUAUUAUAGAAGUAUAUUAAUUAGCUGGUUGGCUGGCGAAAUGAAAUUAAUUCGAGAUAAACAACUACUUCGCGAAAAUUUUUUUAAAGAAAUGAGAAUAUUAUUUCUCUAUGUUGCUAAAAAAUUAUCUGAUGGCGAUCGAUUGCCGCAUUGGGAGGUACUCAUGGAUGCGUAUUCUGAAAUUAUGGCACAAAAUUCUACUUCUAAUUGGUCUACCGACAGUGAAACGGAAUAUUUAAAUACAAAUAAAUCAUCUGAAAAGGAAUUAAUAGCAGAAGAUGAAUGUGCUUUCCAAGAAAAUAAAUUUACCUUUGUUGGAAAACACUUGAAAAAUUAUAAAAACAGUGUAACAAAUAAUCUGGAAGAGAAAUCGCCGAAAAACUUCAAGAUUGUAUUAACUACAGAGAAUUCGCGAACAGAUACAAUCACAGAUGAAAACACAAUUAUUGAAUCUUCUAAUUUAAUGAAUCCAAGCGACGUUCUGGAUGUAAUUGUUGAAGCGACAUACAACAUGUAUGCUAAUGAAUUACGAUACGCCCUUAUAUAUGCAGUUUUUGUAAAAUCGAUACAGAUGCAAAUGUUUCUUAUGCCUCAUGCUCAUCAAAUACAACGUCAAAUUAAAUUUGCCCUUUCUGGAGGAUCAUUUGACGUACAGCUUCGUGAACGAUUAGAAGAGGUUGCUUGUGAAUCAAUAAUUGACAAUGAAAAGGAAAUAACUGAUGACAUGAGAGAAGACCAAAUGAUCGAAGAUUUCGAAAUUCCUCCAUCACCACCAUCUUCAUUAAAUGAGGAAGAAAUAUUAACUAAUAAUUGUCGAUUUAUUCUACCGUUGAUAGAAGCGAACGAAGCGGUGCAGAUCUUCGAAAUGCAUGCAAGGAAAUCUAGCGAAAAAUAAAUGUCCAAUUUGACAAAAUUAUAUGGAUUUUCCAAGUUUCGUUGAAGUUUUCC